AAAGUGAAAUUGCAAGCAAGACUUUGGAGCUUCAAAGAGAAACCAAACUUUCUUUUAUCAGAAAUGUCUAGGCCAGGUUUCAGAGGCCCACAGGAUCAGAAGAAGGAACAUUGAAAGUCUCGCCAGGUCGACCAGCACUUGAGCAUCAUGACGGAGCAGGGAGUUGGAGCCAACGCUGUGCCUGGUGUUACAGCACCAGGAAAUGUGUACCUGAUCCAGGCCAGGAAUCCUGUGGCUCCUGGGAGCAAGGCGCAGCCUGUGGGCAUGGCCACUUACUUAACAUCCAGAGUGACCGAGAGUGAUGCAGGAAGAGCGAACUUACAGACGCCACGCGUGGUGAUCCAGAAUCCAGCGGGAGUGAACGCCACACAGGGUCCGCCCACUGCGCUUCAGCAUCCGGCAGCAGUGGCCAGUUUCCAGACCCCACCUGGGGAAAUCCAGUACUCACUGGGAACCACAGACCUCCAGACCCUGCCUGGGGGCCCUCAGAAUCCCCCCACAUUUACUCCUGGGCUGAUGUAUACCUCCAACCAGUCCCAAUGGAACAUGCCAUUUGAAUCGUUUUUUACGUUCGAUCCCAAGAAAUUCAUAAAGGAGGAGGUCAGGACACUAGGGGCGAUCCAGAUCCUCAUCGGCCUGACUCACAUCUUCACUGCCAUCAAUCCUUCACUGUAUGAGAAAAAUUCCUAUUCCGCGGUGUCAGGGUACCUGAUCUGGGGAGGAAUAUUCUUUGUCAUCUCUGGCUCUCUCUCAGUGGAGGCUGAAAAGAACCGCAGUUCUUGCAUGGUUCACGGCAGCAUCGGCAUGAACGUGGUCAGCGCUAUCAUUUCCCUGGCUGGGGUCUUGCUUCUCAUCAUGGAUCUGUGCUUUAUCCCGCCAAUUAACGUGAAGGCAAUUUCCGGUGGUCUCCUCCCCUUCGCCCUGCUGGAGUUCUGCCUCACCUGUGUGGUCUCGCAUUUUGGGUGCCAGGCUACGUGCUGGAACCAGUUUGUGAACAGGACAGAGGUUCCGACCGUAGUCAUUGCCAACCCAGCCAACACUCCCACCGGCUCUUUCAACACUACCAACGAUACCACUGGCCAUGCCAACGUUACCACCAGCCCUACCAACCCCACCUCCCCCACUAACGCUGCAGUGAUGGUGCCCCCUGUACCCUCCUAUGAAGAUGUAGCUGGUUUUGCCCAGAAAUAGUCUGUUUCAGUGACGAGGAGGAGCCAUUUCAGUUAAAUCUUUCCUUCUCCCAGAAACUUAUGCUGGUCCAAAAUGAACAAUCACUUUCUCCCCUCUUUACUCCUCAGUUUCAUUUAUUGAUGUCUUGUUUUUUUUAAUUCAUAAAUCAUUUCCUGGGA